GCCACCAAAUUGCAAAUGAAUAUUUGAAUGCCCCGAUGUGUGGGUUACUGGGGCGUAUGCGUAAUUCGUUCUCACGUUCCAAAUACGCCCCGUGAACACUGGAAUGCGCCAGAACAAAAGGGGGAAGCUUAACUGCCGCAGCAGAAAGUACGAAAAAAAUGCAAUUAAAUGGAUUAAGCAAGGGAAAAGGCUACAGUCAAAUGAGGCCAACGUGAAGAAGGUUCUUCUGAUUCUCUUUGCUCUUUCUCCGCUCUCUCCUCGCCUUUUGCUCGGCAGUGUUUGUUUGGCCAACAACAAACCAAAGGCAGUCACAACAUUCGAGGAGCUUAGCAAAGGGGGUAUACAGUGGGAAGGGGUGCAGAGCACACAAGGAUUCAGCCACUCGACCGCUUAUCGUCAACUGUCAUCGUCUGCCAGUCUCUGAACCCCAGUGCACUGCGAGAAAAAAGUGUAAACGAACUUAAGUGCAAGUGCACUCAGUUUUACCACAAGAAUUUCUUGCAAGAUCUUUUGUGUAACCAGAGGGGUAAAGUAGCUAUAAAAUCUAAGUUAUUUAUAAACAAAACCUUCAAUUGAAUCCCCUUUCAUUCGUCUGUUUUUGUAAUCUGUUAUUAAGAAUGUGAAAAUCUUAUUAUAAAUGUUAAAAUAAAAAACUGUUAAGAAUAACAAAGAUAAUGGAUAUUAUUUAUAUUCAAUGUUUUCUAUAAGUAAUGUUUUCUGAGACAGUAUUUAAUUUUUUUUCUUAGUGUAGUAUCUCUCCAAGGUGCACGGACAUCACUCUGCAUUGUUGCAAAUGUGAGCGACCGAUUGAUGAGCAUGUGACGUUCCAUCCUGGCCCUUGGGUCGUCUGUCUAUCUGUCUCUCCGGCUAUAUGUCCGCCCGACUUUCCGUCUGCUUUCCGGCCUGAAAGUGUGUCAAAUAAAGUGCUAAAAGAUUUAUGCCCUGCACCUCCUUUUCCAGCUGGGUCGCUGCUGUCCUUCCCCUCUCCUCCCCUCUCCUUUCCACUCCUCUCCGCUCGUUCGUUCUCUCGCUGUCUAUUGCUCUCAAUAAGUGGCUCAAAGGACGAACGACAGCCGCUCACCGCAGGCUUAAGUGUCUCUAACUGCCAGACAGGACACCCAACUGGAUAUCUGCCCAUAUGUGUUCCUCAUUUCUUGUGUGAGUCCUGUGCUGCAGUUACUGGGUUUCCCGCUUCUGGUCUUCUGUUGAUGUCCUUUCGCCCAAGUCACUUUGGGGCUGGAAAAUCAUGUUUUCCAUUUCAUCUCUCGAUUUCACUUGAUUGUGCUCAUGAAUAAGCAAGGUUUCGUAUGAAGUCAUCUGAAGUGAGGAUAAUCCAGUCUAAUAGACUGAACUUGAUGCCUAGAUGUAAGUGAAAAGUGAACAGAGUUGAUACAGAACUUUGGCCUACCGAUAAUCAUCGUGUGAAUUAUCCAAUUUUAAUGCUGUUAAUAUAGUGUAGAAAAAGUUGUUGGGCUAAGUAAAAAGUGUUAUUUCUUCGCUAGAAAUAUUUAAAUUCAUAUGACUUAAUAGAUGUACUACCAUAACCUAGCAAAAACGUUCCUUUUACCAGAAUGUUCUAGUUUAUCGAAAUAACGCUUAUUGCCAACACUUUGUUCCCUCCCUUUGAUGAGGUCUUAACGAGCGAAAAUUAAAUUGAUUUAGCUGGCAAUUUCCAAACACGCAGCCUUCGCAGCUCACAGUAGUGCCAAAAAAUGAAUUAUUGCGCACUAAGAUUUCGCCACCUUCCUAUUGCGCUACACCAACCUCGCAACCCUCCCUUCGCCCCCACUGUGACACACAGAUACACAGACCUACAAAAGGGCCGCAGGGCCGUAGUACUUUCCUCCCCCUCCCCGCGCUCGCCGAUGUCCUUCGCUCUGCAGUCCAGGGACGCGCUUGAAAAGGCAUGAAAAUCGUAAAAAAAAAACGUGAAAUCCAAAACGCUGCAGAGACGCUGGAGGCCGAAAGGAAAUCAGGCGGCUGGCGAGGACCUCCAACUAAAUACAAUGAGGCGCGAACUGGGAAAAACCCCUUACCAAUCUAGCCACCCACCAAGCGAACAUCACGCAUACGCCGCCUUCGCCUCGGGUACCUAACAGAAAUAUCACGCAUACGCCGCGUUGCAGCAGCGAAAUCAAAACAUAAACCCAAAUCGAGUGACUGCAUCGGGUUUUCCUGAGCGCGUGACCAAAACAGAGAGAGCGGGAGAGGGAGAGAGCGCGCCGAGAAAGGCUUUCUCUCACUCACGAAGGAGUUUCCCCGUCAUCAUCACGAUGAACAUGAAUGCGACGUCGUGUGCCAGUUGGAAAUUGCAUUUUCCUUCAGUUCUGUUUCAGUUUCGAGUCCGUGCAGUCGUGUUGGCCGGAGUGAAAAGCUCGGGGGAAAACUUGCAAAGAGGAAAAAAAAAAACAAACAAGCCGAGGAAAUAGAAAUAGAGAAAAGUAAAUAAGCAAACAAGUGCAGUUUGGUUUGGGAGAGUGUGAACGGAAAAAGGGAGAUUAAUCCCUCGGACCGAGCAUAGAUACCUACAUUUUGGUGGUCCCAAAAAGCAAACAACGGACUGUUUGGAGUGUUUGGAGUGCUGAAAAAAAACAGCGAGAAACUCUGAAGUAAUCGCAACAAUGUCGACGCUACCCUUUCUCUUGAGUGUCGCCGACGAGCUGGACAACAUCCACUCGCAGUCCUACAUGGACGACUUCGGACUGGGCUUCCAUCCGCAUCGGCAGUACUACCGCACACCCACUAUCCAGCUCUCCCUGCCCGCCAGCACCGACUGGACGGGAUCGGGUCGCGAUUGGUCCCAGGCGGCGGGCAACAGGCACACUCGCUACCGCAGCUACAAGUUCUACGACGACUCGCAGAACAACCUGGAGGAGGAGGAGCCGCCGGCGGAGGAGCCGCUGCCCAGGGAGCAGGGGGAUCUGCCGCAGCAGCUGGCGGUUCAAGCGGACAGCCAAACGAUAUCGGCGGCCCAGCCGUCGAGUGCCACUGCAACCACAACUGCCACCAACCGCAAGGGUCUGGGCAUGGUCAACUCCCACUCCCACGACGUGGGCGUGGGUGGGCUGGGUCUGAAUCUCAAGGCCGGCGAGGAGGAGGACGACGAGAACAUCGAUCGCACGGUGCGUAUGUACAACCUGUCAAAGAAGUGCUGCAAGAACUACUAUCGCCAUGCCCUGGAAACCGGACCCGGCGCCAGUGGCAAGGUGAAGUGCAGCAACCUGCGCUCCGAGAGCCACAAGUCGAGCUCCAGCUCGGAGGAGAGCCUCCAGAAGAUACCCUCGCCCAUUGAGUUCCUCACCUGCUUCCUGGUGAAGAAGUCGCGCACCCCCAAGGGCAAUGUGCCCGUGGGCCAGCCGCUGAAGAAGACAUAGAACACGGCCCGGCUGCUGCCAGCAGCGAUGUCCGCCAGGACCUCCACCAUCAGCUCCACGGCCACCAGUGGAGCGGUGACCAAUGCGACCACGGACACGGACACCACGACUUCGAAGCGGCGGAGCAACUGCUUCUGAAUGUUGGCCGGAGUCGGAGUGGUUUGUGGCCAGGCCUGGCGUUGGCUCCAGCGAUGCGGGGAGCUCCCCAGCUCGGAGCCCGCCUCGCUGCCAUCCACGCGUCUGGGCAGGAUCGCCUACUAGGCUAGGACUAGGCCACUCAUCCGACUCCGAUUCGCGGUCAGGGAAUAGAAUGCGGUUGCUGUUUUUCGACGAAGCGUAUGGUAUUUGAUUUAGCAUGGAAAAAACCUCUGGCUUGAAUAUUUAUGAAAUGCAUCGAAAAGAUUUUGCAAUUCGCAAUUAGGAAAAAGUAGGGCAACUUUUAGGGCUCUUCUUUUUAGGAAUUUUAUAUUUGCAGCAUAACGUAAAUUUUAAAUUAACAUUUAGUUGUAAACCAAUAACUUUUUUCAUAUUCACGAUGUUUUUCAAAGUUAUUUACCUUAAAUCACCAUGAUUUCCCAAGUUUCCUGUUGAACAAACAUUUUCUAUUUUAAGUACCGCAAAGAUUUUUCAACCACAAUUUGCAACCAACUACAGGCCAAAAGGUAAAUGAAGCUUAACGCAUAAAAAAGUGUUACCAAAUACGAGAUUGUUUACUCGAAAUAUAGAAUAUAAAUAAUUAAAAACUA